GGGCUGUGGUUGGCUGUGGGGGAAGAAAGGAUGGCUCCCUGAACAAGCACCCUGCUUACUUCGUGUGGGCCUCGGCACCCCAUGGCCCCUUCCUGGGCCUCAGUUUCCCCAGCUGUCAGGUGGAGGGUAGCAGCACUUUCUGGGAUUGUGUGUGCAGCUGUGUCUCACCCCUGACCAGACCCCCCACCCCACCCCCUUAGAGCCAUGGGCUCCUUAUUCCGGAGCGAGGAAGUGGCCCUGGUCCAGCUGUUCCUGCCCACGGCUGCCGCCUACACCUGUGUGAGCCAGCUGGGCGAGCUGGGCCUCGUGGAGUUCAGAGACCUCAACGCGUCAGUGAGCGCUUUCCAGAGACACUUCGUGGUAGAUGUCCGACGAUGCGAGGAACUGGAGAAGACCUUCACGCCCUACACCAUCAUCACCUUCCCCUUCCUCUUCGCUGUGAUGUUCGGUGAUGUCGGCCAUGGUCUGCUCAUGUUCCUCUUCGCCCUGGCCAUGGUGCUUGCUGAAGACCGGCCGGCCAUGAAGGCCACACAGAAUGAGAUCUGGCAGACCUUCUUUGGGGGCCGCUACCUGCUCCUGCUCAUGGGCCUGUUCUCCAUCUACACCGGCUUCAUCUACAACGAGUGCUUCAGCCGUGCCACCACCAUCUUCCCCUCGGGCUGGAGCGUGGCCGCCAUGGCCAACCAGUCAGAAUGGAGUGACCAGUUCCUGUCUCAGAACCCGCUGCUCACCUUGAACCCCAACAUCACCGGCGUCUUCCUGGGGCCCUACCCUUUCGGUAUCGACCCCAUCUGGAGCCUGGCUACCAACCACCUGAGCUUCCUCAACUCCUUCAAGAUGAAGAUGUCUGUCAUCCUGGGCGUCACCCACAUGGCCUUUGGGGUGUUCUUGGGAAUCUUCAACCACGUGCACUUUGGCCAGGCUCACCGGCUACUGCUGGAGACUCUGCCCGAGCUCAUCUUCCUGCUGGGCCUCUUCGGCUAUCUGGUCUUCCUGGUCAUCUACAAGUGGCUGCGGGUCUCGGCCGCGGAGGCCGCCUCGGCGCCCAGCAUCCUCAUCCAUUUCAUCAACAUGUUCCUCUUCGCUCGCAGCCCCACCAACCGGCCGCUCUUCUCAGGGCAGGAAGCAGUCCAGUAUGUGCUGGUGGUCUUGGCCUUAGCCACAGUGCCCGUCCUGCUCUUGGGCACACCCCUGUACCUGCUACACCAGCAUCGCCGCCGCCGCCACCGCCGCUCUCAGAGGAAUCCUGCUCCUGCGGGUCAACAGGGUGAGGACAGGGCUGGGCUUCUGGACUCUCCUGAGGCCGCCCCCUCUGAGAACGGCUGGGGCUCCGACGAGGAGCAGGCUGGGGGCCCAGGCGAGGAAGAGACCGAGUGUGUCCCCUCUGAGGUCUUCAUGCACCAGGCCAUCCACACCAUUGAGUUCUGCCUGGGCUGCAUCUCUAACACGGCCUCCUACCUGCGCCUCUGGGCCCUGAGUCUGGCCCAUGCCCAGCUGUCGGAGGUCCUGUGGGCCAUGGUGAUGCGUGUGGGCCUGAGCAUGGGCCAGAAGGUGGGUGUGGCGGCUGUGGUGCUGGUCCCCAUCUUCGCGGCCUUCGCUGUGCUGACAGUGGCCAUCCUGCUGGUGAUGGAGGGGCUCUCGGCCUUCCUGCACGCUCUGCGGCUGCACUGGGUGGAGUUCCAGAACAAGUUCUACGUGGGCACCGGCUAUAAGCUGAGCCCCUUUUCUUUCACCGUGGAGGAUGAGUAGCGCCCACUGAAGCUGGCACGUCCCAGCCGCCCAGAGCAGAAGCAAUAAAGAGCUGGCAGGCCUGGGAA